AUGAAGCUUUCUCGACCAGGUUGGGCAUUGAGCAUCAUAGCCGUGGCAACCAUUAUCACGCAGAUUGCAACUUUAAUCAACCCUUCGAGCUUCAUUCAAGACUUCAAGGUUGAUAGUGCCGAGGCAGUGCGGUUGAUUGCAUUCCUUCUCAUUCUGAUAAAUGGUUACGACCUUAUGGGAGCUCUCCAAGAUAACUGGGCCGUGUACAAAUUCGGAAUUGUUGCACGUAUUGCUGCGGCCUUCCUUUUCUGGUCAUUUGGUCCCACCUGGAAUAUCAUGGUUGGCGUAGAGAUUGCAACUUUGAGUGUCUUGGUGGCAGCAAUGGUGGCAGCGUAG